AUGGCAUCUAAUGCAACUGAGAUAGCGACUUCACCGGCCCCAAACACUUUUACGACCCAGACGAGCUUCUUUACCUUUCCACCUUCUUCCUCCGCUGCACCUCCGCCUACAAUUAUUGUUUCGACAAGCUCCUCCGGUCCACCAUCAUCAGCGGCGCCUUCUCCUCCCACACCGUCUAUUGUUCUGAUAACUUCAGUUACAACACAAAGCCCGGCAUCGGCGGGUGGUACGGGCUCGCCUUCCGUGGUCGUUAUUACUUCAACUGCAUCCAGCAAUCCUCAACAAAUUUCUUCAUUGACUGUAGCUUCUCCCUCUAGCCGGUCUUCUUCUCCAAGUGCUGCACCUUUGGCAACAAGCAAUGCUGAGAGUUCUGCGAGUUCUGCGAGUUCUGGUGGCUUGUCACAGGGAGGAAGGAUUGCCGUAGCUGUGGUGGUGCCCAUUGUUGUCAUUGCUUUGCUUGUCGUUGGGGUUCUGUUUUUCUGGAAGAGAAGGAAAACGCGAAAGAGCGCUGAGGAGCAACGAAAGAAGGAGAUGGAGGAGUAUGGUUUCAAUCCUAACAAUGACCCGUCGUUGCCUCCAGUAGGGGCUGCGUAUGGUGAAAACAAAUCUGAAGAAGCCGAAGACGGCAUCGGUUAUCGAGGCUGGGGUACUACCAACUCAGCAACCACGCGAAAACCUUCUACCAACCUAGGAAGUGGCCAAGGAGGAAUUGGAGUGGCAUUGUCAGAUGGCGCGAGCAAUAACGCAGGGUACGGUUAUCAGACAUCUCCUUCGCAUGGCACAGAACGACCUUCCGAUGGGCAUUCAAGCGAUCCUCUUGUGGGUAGCCCACAUGUACGGUCUACCUCAGGCGAUUCAGAUCUUGCGGCUUUGGGCACUGCACCUGUUGCUGGUGUCGCUCGACAAGACAAAGGCAUUCACAGAGGCGCAUCGAAUGCUUCUUCGGCAUACUCCAACGGUCCUGCUCGGUCAGAAGGUUCGGACGACAUGGCCCUACCUGGUGGAGCGCCAGCCGGACCCUACUAUCAUGAGGACAGUCCAUACUACAAUGAGGGACAUGGCCAACCUGAGCUCUAUGGCGACAACGCGUUUGGAGGCGCACAACCAGUGAUAAGAGAUCUCAUCAAGCAGUUGAGUGCCACACCGACCAUUGCUGCUCAAAAUGCGCAAGCCGAGGCGCAAGGAAGCAUUGAUCCCAAGAUCGCCCUGCGUGCAAAUAAGGAGGUCUUUUUCUUUCGACUGGAGCGGGAGAUCGAGAAGGUCAACGUUUUAUAUCUUCAGAAAGAAGCAGAAUUCUCCUUGCGCUUGAAGACGUUACUGGACAAAAGGCGUACAAUCCAAGCCCGCAAUGCCUCGACGUCAAAGAUCUCAGCUAGCUUUGCGACGCUUGUCGAGGGUUUCCAGCAAUUCGACAAUGAUCUCAACAAGCUUCAGCAAUUUGUUGAAGUCAACGAGACUGCGAUUUCGAAGAUUCUCAAGAAGUGGGAUAAAACGGCAAAGUCCCGAACUAAGGAGAUCUAUCUGCAACGUGCUGUAGAAAUCCAACCCUGCUUCAACCGUGAUGUCCUUCGAGACCUAUCCGACCGCGCGACAACCUCGAGAUUGGAUCUUGAAGCCUGGGUGGAGGGCGAGAACAUACAGUACGAUGCAACUCGUCCAGCUGAUAAGGUAACCGGUCAGCGGGUGGGCACUGACGAAAGCGAUAUCGAUCUGCAAGUUCUACAGACUGUUGCGACCGACAAUCUGGCUUCCCUCAAGGAGUGGAUAGUAAGACUGGGAAGGUCGCCGCAUGCGAGUGAUCGAUUCACGCGGAUAUUUCUAGCCUCCAUCCACGACUCAUCCGACGAAGCGCUGGCUCUGCUUCUGCAGACACAAUGUGUUGAUCUACAUGCCGAGGAUGAUAUCAACGAGCGGAAUUGCUUGCACGAAGCUGCCAUUUACGGUCGGGACUACGUCCUUCGUCGUGGCCUUGCGGCCGGUGUCGACGUAUCCCGGGUCGAUGUAUAUGGAAGAAUACCCUUGCAUUACGCCUGCCUGAAAGGAAGAGUAAAUAUGGUCAUAACGCUCAUAGAAGCUGGCAAUCAGACUGUUGAUUACAAGGACCAUGACAAUUUCACACCUUUAAUUCACAGCAUCGUUCGACAUCAAUUUGCCUGUGUGCAACAGCUGUUGAUCCACCAUGCGCGCAUCGAUCCACUUACAGCGGCGGAUCACAUUCCCCUCAACCUAGCCUGUCAACAUCAAUCCAUACAGGUAGCCAGUCUACUCCUAGAGCGUGGAGCGAAGCUUCUACCAGAUGCAGAAGGCCUGUAUCCACAGCAUCUUGUUGCCAGAUCCAGUCAAACUUCCACCCUGUUGCUACUUCUGAAAGACCAUGGCGCAGAUCUAAACCAAAAAGACAAGCUUUAUCAGUGGACGCCAUUAUUCCAUGCUGCUAGUGAGGGUCGAGUAGAGUGCUUACGAACAUUGCUUGCUAAUGGCGUGAACGUUGACGCUCUGGACGAAAAGGGCCUUUCUGCAAUGUACUAUGCAACAUGGGAAGGACACCUGGAAUGCAUGGAGCAGCUGUGGCAACAGUGUCGUCGCUCACGGACAACCUCAAGCACUCCUCGCGAGGGAUUAUUGCGUGGACAAGGACGGCAAUUGCCUGAUCUCAUGGAUGCUGAACUGUCAGGAAAUCCGCAGGAGGGAGACGGUAUCCCUGACCUCUCUCUUCCACCACCUAUAAUUCCCCUCAGAAGAUACGGGCACAAUUUUCUGGACACGAAAACUCUAAUCUCAAUCGGCUUCUCGCCUGGAUCUGAAGCGAUCGCUUUCUUCAACGAAGGCCGGUACCCUGCGGCACGAAUCACUAUCUCAUCAAAGCUAUCGGAUCUCAUUCCACGAAACAUCAUGUUGCCCAUUCAAGAGGAUUCGAGAACCGUAUCGUUCCAAAUAGAUGGUCUUGACACAUUUGCUGUCGAUUUUGAAGUCUUCCCAACCUUCGGCUCGAAAGUGAUCGCGAAGUCUGUUGCUUUGCCGGACGUUUUCAAGGCCAGUAAAAGUAGUUCUGGGUCGUGCUGCCUACCAUUAUUCGACCCCCGUUUGCGAGCUAUUGGUCAGAUCAGGUUCAGUUUCCAGGUCAUCAAACCAUACUAUGGAGAUCCUCUCGAUAUUACUCAUUUUGCAACGUACUGGAAGGCAACUAGUGCUCUUGAUGACCAGAGCGGACUUGUCACUGGGUCUAGUCUCUGUGGCGAUUAUCUGCGGCUCUAUAUACAGCUUACCCACGAUAGCAUUCCGAUUGUCUAUCCGAAGUAUAAACUGAAUCAUCAUGGCUUGAAUGUCCCUAUUAGCCAGUUGACCCAUCAAGAGAUGCACAAUGCAGGUGCUGGGGGCUUUUCGGCUGUCAGAGAUCCACUGGCGGAUAUCAAUUCCUCAGGUUCUGUUCCAUCACCAGAGAUGUUGCAGAGGCUCAUCUGUUCCACUCUGUCCCUUCACAACGUGCUAGUUAACCUCAGAACCGACAUUCACCUCAACCUGCAAAUAUUAUACCCUACAGCCGGGGAAGAAAGAUCAUUGGGCCUUGGCCCUACCGCUGACAUCAAUGCCUUUGCUGAUGCUAUACUGACAAACGUCUUCGACCACGCAAGGUUGUCGAAGGAGCAGAGCCCCGAUUUUAUGAGGUCUAUCGUUUUCACGUCGAAUAAUCCUAAUAUUUGCACGGCAUUGAAUUGGAAGCAGCCAAAUUAUCCGGUCCUACUUUCUAAUGAUCUGCUUGAGCCAAAGAAUACUCGUUCAACCGCGCGUUAUCACGAGUCGCUAUUUAACCAGUCGGCCUGCUCCAUGUCAAUCAAAGAGUCGGCCAGAAUGGCGCAGAGCAAUAACUUCAUGGGUUUGAUGGUGCAAUCUCGAGUUCUGGGAAUGGUUCCAGCAUUGGUCGACACGAUCCAGGAGCUAGGCCUGGUUCUGGUGGCAGAUACCUCCAACGAGAAGAUGGGGUCGAAUAGCGGUGGUGGCAGCACAGAGGGAUGGUCGGCAAUGCCCGAAGGCGUCAAUGGGAUACUGAAGCCCAAUGGCAUUCUCAGAUUUCAUGACACCAUUGAUAUGUAG